AAACGGUUGUCACUUUAAUGAAAUCCAGACACAGUACCUUGCAAGUUGGGCACCAUAUGCGUUGAAACUACUGCAUAUGACAGAGACUGUCACCAUCUGACACUUUCUUAGCUCGAGGAAUGAGCGUCUUGAUAAGAGAAGAUUUCUGUGCGGGGUGAUGGUGUGACUGCAUUCAGAUAGAACACUGUCCUCAUCAAAAAUCAAGACAAGUACUCAUCUUACUACAUCACACAACCUGCAGUACAGUAUGGGCCAACUUCUGGACACAACUGCUGCUGCUCAGGAAUGGAGCUCUUUCUUGGGGCACCAGGCACUGAUCAGCCUGGCCAUAUUUUGCAUAAUUUUCCUGGUUCUUCGGGCUAUACUCCAGGAGGUAAAGGCAACUAAACGCCCAUUGGACUUUCCUCCUGGCCCAAAAGUGAUACCAUUUUUAGGGAAUGUGCCUCUGUUUAAGAAACCCGAUGUUGCCAUAGAGGAAGUUACGAAACAGUAUGGAGAGGUGUGCAGCGUAAUGGUGGGCAAGAUUUCCAUGGUGUUUGUGAGUGGCUACCAGGCAGUAAAAGAGGUCCUAGUGCAUCAAGGGCAUGAGUUUGCAGACCGGCCAAACAUCCCCCUCAACAAAAAAGUCAACGGAGGCCUAGGCAUUAUUUUUGCUCCAUAUGGAAAAUAUUGGAUGCAACAUCGUAGGUUCACUCUGUCAACAUUGCGGAAUUUUGGACUUGGUAAGUCAUCCAUAGAACAAACCAUUCAGGCAGAGGUUGGCUUCUUAAUUGAGGCAUUUAAACAGAAAGGAUCGGCAUUUGACCCUCACUAUAACUUAAACAGUGCUGUGGGAAACAUAAUUUGUUCCAUGGUGAAAGGGAAACGGUAUGAAUACAGUGAUAAGCAGUUCCAUGAUUUUUUGCACCUCAUUGAAAACAAUCUUCAGCUCCAAUCAGGGCUGCUGGGAACUUUAUGCAACUUCUUUCCCUUCUUGAUGGAUUUUCCUGGACCGCAGCAGAGAAUAUUCACAAACAUGGCAAAAUCUAAACAGUUUAUUCGUGAUAUAAUAUCUGAACGCCAUGCAACAAGAGAUCCCCUCAAGCCAAUGUGCCUGAUUGACACCUACUUGUCUCAAUUGGAGAAAGAGGACAAUCCCAACAGCAGCUUCUCAGAACAGAGUCUCAUCAUGUUGACGUUGGACCUUUUCACUGCUGGCGCAGAGACGACCUCCACCACAUUACGCUGGGGCCUUCUCUACAUGAUGAUGCACCCUGAAAUACAAGCCCAGUGCCAUGAUGAGAUUGACAAGAUUGUGGGAUCAGAUCGACUACCAUGCAUGGAGGACAGACACAGUCUGCCCUACCUGGAUGCUGUGAUCCAUGAGAUACAGCGCUUCAGUAACAUUGUUCCAUUCUCGGCCCCGCAUGCAACCACCACAGACGUCAAGUUACGCCAGUACUCGAUUCCAAAAGGGACGAUCAUAAUGGUGAAUAUGAAAUCGGUUCUGAGUGAUGAAAAUCAUUGGAAAACCCCAUACGAAUUCAGUCCAGAAAACUUCCUUGAUGAGGAUGGCAAGUUUGUAAAGUCAGAUGCCUUCCUGCCCUUCUCUGCUGGUCCCCGUGUCUGCCUGGGGGAAAAUUUAGCAAAAAUGGAGCUCUUCCUUUUCUUUGCAUCUCUUUUGCAGCAUUUUGAGUUUAUCUGGCCUGAUCUGGUCUCUCCACCAACCCUGGAUUAUAUAUUGCAGAUCACCAAGGCUCCAAAAUCUUACAAAUUGGGGCUUCAUCUCCGCAAUUGAACAUAGUUUAAAGAGUGCUAUAGUGUGUGCUGGUUUGAGUCUAUAAUGUCCAAGCACACAUGCACGCAUUGGAAAUAGGUUAUGUUAAAAAAAAAUACAUCACGAUAGGUGAAAGAAAUGGUAUAAAUCUGUUGUACAACAAUGAGUGAAUCAAUUUAACUUUUUCUAGUAAAUCGUUUAAUCAUGUUACGUUAGUUUAUAGAUAGAGAUGAUAGUUUUCUACAAACAUCUUCCAUUACUUCAGCGAAUUUGCCCAAAAAUAGUUAACCUUCAUUUCAUACAUUCUUUCACAAGUCACCCGGGGCCCGAGUACAUAAAUGUAGAAAUAGAUAAUGAGACAAUGCUCCCCUGUUCAUAGUCUAUUUAUAGGUGGCAGUGAAAUUUCUGGUGACAAUUACAUUGUGACUUUUUUCAACCAUUUUAUACAUGCAGUAAAUGCAUUAGAAAACAUAUAUAGACACCAUUACAAUAGAAACAACUAACGACUCAGCUGUCUUCAUAGGCUUGGAUAAGGCAUUGAUACAAUUGAUCACCAAAUCCUGUAAACCAAGUUAGUGAUAUUGGACUUAUUUAAGUAGCAGUAGGUUGGUGUCUAAAUUACUUUGAUAGUAGAAAACAAUGCGUAACAUUGGUCAAUCCUUCCUCUGGGUUUAAAAAACAAACACAUGCCAAACAGCCACUCAAUUACAACCACAGAAAACAACCGCUCAAAUAACCACGACUAUAAACAACUAUUACCACUAAAACACAUCAACAAAUGCACAUGACAACCACAAAAUAACGCAAAAAUAAAUCCACAAUCAAAUCCUCAAACACAAGUAUACAUUCUAGAUUUGAAGCUUUCGUGACUGCAAGGAUUCUUACUCUUAGUUCUUUCGGUAAAGUCACGUAGAUAAAAAAUGAAAUUAAAAUUAAUAAAAAUAAAACAAUAAAAAUCACGACGUUUCGGAAGCAACACAAGUCUCCGUCAUCAGGAGGGACCGUCACAGCCAGAUUUGCUGCAUUUUUUACCUACGUGACUUUACCGAAAGAACUAAGAGUACAAGUAUACAUGUCAUUGUUAUUGCCUUAUACAAAAUGCAACACUGGUGUUUAUUCGUAUCUUACAUACUUGUCUCAAACUAUUUGGUAAUACCGUGUGAGCAAUGAUGCACAGGCACAAAUAAGAAAAUAACUCAAUAUGAUACUGGCAAAAACAUUUUGGAUAGUGGCUAAAAGGUCCCAUAGAGAAACAAAAAUCACAUCGUUAAUAAUUCUGCCUAACCGGAAACAUUAUAAACGAUGUUUUAGGCAAUGGGUGUUCUUAAUAUCAGAUAUUAUAGAGAGGGAAGAUAAAUAAAGAGCAUAAGAGUUGGAGACUGGACUUUACUUAUAAUAAUUACAUUGAUAAAUGUAUUCCUGAUGAACAGUAUUUAAAUUUGCAUAUGAAGAGUGACCUUUAUAAAAAAAAAUCUCAUCAGGCUCCAUAGUAUAAAGUGGUCUAACUCUUAACCAUACAAAAUUACGUCGAACUUUAUUUUCCAAGCAAUCAGUAUAAGUUUCCCAUUACAUCUAUCUGAUUUGUUCAUGCUGGAACCGCCCUUGUAUUCUGAUACGCAACAACUGUAAUGUUAUUUUUUAAUAUAAAUUUCUUUACCUCCUUAGAUAGUUCGCAAGAGCCAUGCAUGGCUAGUUGCCCUCCAGUAACAAAUAGUGUCCACACUUCCCCACGUAAGAGGCAAUUCUGAAGAUCAUUGUGGGGUAUCACCUCCCUAUGUUCUCGUUGACGUGAUCCUUAUAUCCCUUCCACUUCAAACCAAAUGUAUUUAUUAUGCCAUCGAAUGUAUCAAACGGUAUAAAAACUCAAUACAGGUAGUCCCCGACUUACGAUGGCCCGACUUACGAUAUUUCGAUCAUACGAUGGCGAUAGCGAUACGACAAAAUUGUUAAAUAUUUUUCAUUUCACGCGGCAGGCAAACGCAGCAGUGUACGAGGUACGAUACUGUACGUUGGGACGCUGCCGGGAUGUACGCAUGUUAAAAGGUUUGAUAGCAGAUAGGAUUGUUUCCUGAAAAAAACUUUCUAUUAAAUUGCGGUUCAUAUAGGUAGGCUAAGAAUUUACCCUGUUUUUUUACUUUACAUUUUACUGUGCAAUACAGUAUUGUAAUUAAUAAAUACAUACAGUACAUAGUUUAUACAGUACGGUACUGUAAAUUGCUCUGUUUUGCUAAAUUAUCACCAUUCUUUAAGACUCCUGGGUAGACUAGGCCAUCUUCGACUUACGAUAUUUUUGACUUACGAUCGAGUCGUAACGCAUCUCCAUCGUAACUCGGGGACUACCUGUAUUUCAAGAGUCGCAAUAACGGCAUGAAGCAGUCCUUAAAGAGCCGCAUCCGGCUAAAGAGCCACAGGUUGCCAACCUCUGAACUGGUAUAUUGCUGCAGUCUCAUGAGUGCAGUAAGUACUCCAUUUUGACUUAAGACUUUCGUGAAUGCAGGAUUUCAUAUUCCAUUGUUCUUUCGGUAAAGUCACGUAGAUAGAAAAAAUAACAAUAAAAUAAUAUUCACUUAAUUGUUUUUAUUUUAUUGUUAUUUUUUAUACGUGACUUUACUGAAAGAACCAUAGAAUGUGCAGUAAGUACUGUCAGUCUCAAACUGAAGGUUGUUAGUUAAAUCCCUAGUUUACUCUUAAAAAGCCAGUAUAAACGAACAAGAUUAACCUAAUGGCAGAAUUUGUUUUGAUUGCUCCAAAGAAAAGAAUACAUCACUGUAGGUGUCUUCAUUGGGAUAAUUUAUGAUAAAGUCACGAUUACUAUAAUGAAUAGAGAAACCCAACAUGUUUUGCAUUAGUUGAUUAACAGUAGAAACCAACUUACAUUUUGUAGUAGAAUAUAUGUGAGUGUUUGGUAGAAUUUUUUUAGCUUGCAGGAUUGAUAUCGAUCGAUGUUUAUUUUCCCAACAAAAUGCCAUGGCACUGUUAUGGAAAUAAAACAUUUAGUGUAAAGUAGGAUUAAAUAUGAAUUGCCCCAAUCAUAUUAGGCAUUUUUAAACUCAUUGCAAUGGUGAUGAGGAAAAUUCGAAAUUAAUUGUUCAUUGCUAUUUGAGAAUAUAUUUGAUUAAGGAAACAAUACCAGAGACGGGAGUCUAACUUGACGUGAUAGCUACUUCACAAUGAAAACUCGAGGUUAGCUCAGAUCUUGGAAUGUGCCGGAUAUGCUCUCUACUCCGAGUGGCAAUUAUAGUGACAUACUUUGCCCGCAUUAGGCAGAGAAUGCGAGCUAAGAAAUACGCAAACUUUAUUUCUGAAAAAGGAAGACAUUGAUGGCUGAGAUGUGGAGGUCCAAUUACAUUUUCAGGAUCUUCAUGGCCUCACAAGAGUUUGUUAUACGAGUGGGUUGCAUUCUGAGCAAGAGACCAGAUGGAGUGGAGUGGCCCAAAAUGCUAGAAGAAGCCCAGAGGUGGGCCAGAGAGCCAGGGGCCCAGAAUGAGCAGAGCAUGGCAGAUGAGGGUCAGAUCCAAGAAGAUCCAGAGGAGCCAGGGGCAACCGUGAUGUUCACAUUAGCUGGGUAGCUUGCGCACCCGUGCUUGUAAGGCUGACCUUGAUCGAAGCCGUACAUUGCACGAGAGGUAUCGUGAUAAAGUUGUGAAGGAAUUGCGGUGAAGCAGUGGAGAAGCUCAAAGCUAAUUGUCAGGAUUCCAGUUUUUAAAGAGUAUAGAGACGAUACAUACGAAAAGUGAGAUUAAGGAGACUCAAAGUUAGUGCUGCAGAAGAAAUCUGAGGAAACAGAGAAGACAUUUGCCUACUGAAAAAGGAAACACAUUUGAGGUGGAUAGAGGUUAACACGAAACCAUAUUGUGCUAGGUCACAAACUAAAGAAAGUGACUGUAAAACUACAAGUAUGUGAAUAAUUAUCACGGUGAAGUCAUGUAUGUACGUCGGACGUUCAAAGGAGGCCAACAUAAUCGUUCUACACAUCGUCAAGACUCAAGACCCAACCACACCCGGCCAGUCACCAGCUGCAUCAACCACCUGGCUGCCAUGCCGUCAUCCAUAAAGCUGCCGUCUUUGCAUGUCAGGAGACAUUGUGUGCGAACGGCAUUUAAACAAAAACGUAUUUUACUCAUCAAUUAACUUCAGUCACCAGUCAGAAGCUUCCUACACUUCUGCCGUGUCGCCUCAACUGUGGUGUACGAGGCCAUCUGCUACAGACUGUACAUUGAAAUAAAUACGAAUUCACAAUUAUCACACCCUGACAUACUUAACCAAUCAUCAGGAUUUCAUUAUCACAUAUUAUAUUGACAUUCAGCGGAACGUAGAAACUAACGAGUUCGUGGCGCCAAUGAUAUUCUGAAUUUACUAUACACCAACAACAUUAAGUGUGCUUCAUACUGAGAAAGAUGGCGGCAGUUGGCAGCAACAGUCAUCUGCUCAAUCCCUAAUUUCCCUCCUCCAUCCCUUUACCUCCCCUACCUGAACCUCCUUGUCUCUUCCCCUGCCGUCUUCUCGUCCACCACCACUAUAUUUUAGGCAUACAAUUUCUUCAUUAUUUUGGUGAUGUCCGUGUUUUGGUUUGUUUGGAGGCACCGCUCUCGUACCUGCUGCCUGCUCCUGCGCCAACUGACGCAUCCGUUUGGUAGCCCGGGUUAUUCACUGUGGUGCAGCAUCGCUCGCGCUGCACGACUUACCCGUUAUCCCGUGCGACCGGUGGGUCGCUUCGUCACCCACAUCCGGUGGCUCCUUCGGUGGGCCAUGCAACCACCGGGGGGGGCUUUGGCUGCCCGAGGUCAACGGGGUUUUGUGCGGUCCCCGAGAUGGAAGGGACCUGCAGCCGGGAUCUUUCCGGGGGAGUCUUUCACCGUGUCGGCGUGCGGAGCAUGGUUGGGAGCACUCCGCGAUCUUCCUCGUUGCGAGCUUGGCCCGGAAUUCUGCUAAAUCGCAGGGAAGUGGACGUCAUCGACGGAGAGACUCGCUCGCGGAGGCCCCCUUUCCUCGCCUGCCCCGACCCCCUUUGUCUUCCCAAUGAAAUGCCUCAACACUUUUCCACCCCCCAGAUUUCCGUUGCUCUCCAGCUACGACCAGGCCUACCCCAAUACCCUCCUUAUGACUCCUGCCGGUUCUGAUGUCACUAAAAUUACACCACCACUUUUAAUAACCCCAUUCUUCAUCUCAAACUGCUAUCUUACGUACAAUUUUAUAAUAGCUGUAAAGCACCUUGGAAAUGGCGCAAUAUAUAUUUCAAUAAGAUAUCUUGAAAGCUGAUUGCAUUUGUUGAAUUAUGUGCCUUGUAAUAAUCAUAGCGUGUACUGGGUGAUACCUUUAUUAACCCGAAUUCUGAGUUAAGUCAUUGGUUUGUUUUAGUUGUGUAACAUGACCAUCCACAACUUUAAAGCUUUGGCUCAAGUGUUCGGAUAUCAAAAUAAUUUACUAUUCUGUAAUGAUCACAAUCGCUAUGUUGUUUCUAUUGUGUUGUAAAAAAUAUGAAAAUGUUAAAAUGGUAAUUGUGGAAUGUUAAUGUAUUCAAAUGUUGAUUAAAUGCGUUUUGUUAAUGCAUAAUUAUUGCGCGUAAAUUAAUCAUUGAUUGGUAUGCAUCUUCUUAU